UCUGACAUCAUAAUAGCAUACAGUUGUGAAAAGUAAUGUUUAGUCAUGGCUACUGCUCAACCCGGAACAUCAUCUUCGGCACAGGCAUCAGACAAUCGUAUCUUCCUAUUCCGCCUUCAAAUGCUAAUUAUUGAUGGUGGACUCGCAGUUUUAAGAAAUUAUGUAGAUCAGGAACUUGUAGCUCAAUCCAUUACUCUCAGUGGAUGUCUUGCAAACGAAAAGACCACUAUUAAACUUUUGAAGGGACGUGGGAUAAUAACACAGGUGCAAUAUGAUUUAUUGUAUCCAUCAAGUGGCACUGUUUCAACGUCAGAUUUGGACAUCACACUUAUCAUUUGUCUCAUGAGAAACCUAAAAUGUUUCAAAGUAAAUAAAAAGUUUAAUUGGAACAUUUCACCAGCACAAAGUGAUACUUCUAUCGAUGCAGACAUUUGUAGACUGAAGCAAUACAGGAACGAAAUUUGUCAUAUAUCGACCACUACAGGGAUACAAUAUAACGAUUUUAUUACCAAGUGGAAAGAAAUCGAACAGAUUCUCCUUAGAUUUGAUAAAGUGUAUCCAAUCAGAGACUUUAAACAGACGAUUACUGACUUUGAAUACAGCCCUCUUGAUCCAACAACAGAACAGAGGGUAACAGAGGAAAUUGAAAAAUGGGGAAAACACGAUAAGGCAUUAGUAGAUGAUCUAGAGCUUCUGAAAGCUGGUCAUACACUUUUGAAGGAGGCUAUUGAAGAUAUAAAGUCUAAAGAUGAUAAAAGGCCGGAAAUCAAGAUGAAGGGAAACAUUUUUGAAAGGUUUUUUGAGAGGAGACGUUAUCGACAGAUGACAAAAGGUAAGUUUAUCAGACAAAUCCAACUAAUACUACUUUUUGUAAUGGGAUCACCUCAACUUUUAUUUAAAAUGACCUCCGACUUAAUAUUGAUUAAAAGUAGUUAUAAAUGUGAAUAAAA